AGCAGAGCAUGAAAAUCAGCAUGGUUUGACCAUCACCACGUAUGCAUGCAUACACGCAGGUGUGAUGUCUGUACAGUUGCACUCACUGCUCUUGAUGGAUGGAUGGCCAGACGGCAAAAACACACACACGCCCAAGCACACGCCAACCGGCCAGCCACGGAGACAGUCAUCGAUCGACUCACAUGCACCAGCACGGACAUCACAUCGUGUAUGUAUGUACAUAAAGGCCUGCAGUCACACACACUGCCGCAUACACGGACGAUUUAUGUAUGCACACACGCAUGCAGGUGGGUGACCACAACACAAGCAAGGCAGCCAGACCGGCGUACUCUCUCGCGCUUGGAGCCUCAACCACAAGACCAAAACGAGGCCAACAAAACCAAUAGAGAGAUCCAUCCAUCCAUCCAUCCACCCAGCCAGCCAGCCAUCCAUCCGGCCAGCCGACCAGCCGAUGUUGAAUACCUCAUCCCUCUAAAUGCGGCGGGUGCUCUCAGGGCAGGAUGCCAUCCUAUCGAACGACACACGUCCAUACAUGUUUGCUUGUGUAUCAAUUUGUCUUAAAUACGCGGUAUGCAUACGUACACACACACACAGACACACACACACACACACACGUGUAUACGUGCCACGGUUCCCGUGUCAUGGUGAUUUAUAAAACAGCCAGCCACCAAUCACCUCAGCACACAGACACACACAGCUGCACACCACACCACACCAGACUGCCAUCGACGCCCGCCCCGUCAAAAAAUGUGUGUACCAAGGGACGAAGGAAAAAACAGCCGAGCCAUGCAGUCGACUGAUGAUUGCGUUCGUGUCCACACAGAUAAUGACACGUGCACCCGGCCACCAGCCACUCGUUCAAAACUCCCAGCCAGCCCCGAAGGCAGGCAGGCAAUCCAACCGUCCGUCCACCCAUCAUCCAUAUAUCACACUCCCCCCUCCCCGCCCUCACACACAACUACGGCAACCAUAAGCACUGUCGUGUUGGUCGGCGAGUCAGUCUUGGUAGACCGCCUUGGCCGCCGCGCCGUUGAGGAUGCUCUCGAGCAGCGCGUCGCCGUAUUUCAUCCGCACCUCCGCGACGCCCACGUGUGGACAGGGCAGCAGCCGGGUCUCCCGCCACUCGUGAGUGUCUGCGCUGCCGAUCAUGACGGGCAGGUAGCCAAGGGACCGGUACUUGGCGUACUCGGCGGGCUCAAGGGGGCUGGGCGGAGAUGGGCAGAGGUUGACCAUCUCCAGCCCGUCGCCAGGCAGGUUGGAGAAGGCCUCGAGCUUGCGGGUGUGCGGGCCGCUCAGGACCCAGCCGAUGACCACGUGGCCGCCACACGCGAUGUGGGUGACGUAGAUCAGGGUGCUCUCGUCGAUACACGUCCCUCCCAGCCCCACAGUGGCUUCGGUGGUGCGGAAGAAGGCCUCGAAUGGCUCCAUCUCGGGCGUGACGACGGGAGGAGGGCCGUACGAUGUGCAGUUGGUGACCUGCGUGAACAACAGGAUCAUGGCGCCUGCUGUAGCGGGCUGAGGAGGGUCAUACUCACCUUCUCGACAGGGUCAUCGGCAGGUGGUACAUGCACGGCGUCCAACGACUGAAGGCCAUCCCCAAAACGUCCUGAUGGACACAGUCACACAGACAACCACACAUGGCUUCGCAGGUGGUGGGUGUGGUCGGUGUGCUGCACACUCUGUCGCAUAUGCGAGUGUACCAGUAGGUGUGGCGUCGGGCUUGAUCUCUGGCGACGAGUCGUCCUUUGUCGAGGCCUCAGACAUCAUGCUGCUUGUGCACAGAUCACACCACGCCACACACCACCACACACUUGAUGUUUGACGGGAGCACGCAGGAUGUCUUUUCCUUUCCAUCCUACCUUAUCUUUCGGAGUUUCUUUUUGUCUUUGGAGGCGCGGCGCUUCUUGGCGGCCUUCGACUGACUGGCCUGAUGGGCAAACCAAUGUCACACAAACACACACAGACACCGAUGGUGAUGAGAAGAUGCUGACGCAUCCAUCCGUGUCGGCAUGCACGGUCUCCCCCUGUCCGCGGGUGUGGUGUGGAUCCCCUCCCUCAGCACAUGUGUGCCCCCUGUGCGCACCUUGUCAUCGCCGGACGGGUGCUUCUGGGGCGCGGGUGACGGUGCCGUCACGUCAUGCGCUGCAUCUGUGUCAGCGAGCGGCAUCAUCCUCUUCUCCACCCAGCGACAAAAGGCGGCAAUGCUUUGUUUCCCGAGAGCAAGACGGGCGCG